AUGGCGGUGGCCACAGAAUUGUCGUUGCUGGAGAAGUCCCUGGGAGAUAAAGUCUACCUUACAGGGUAUAACUUUACUUUAGCAGAUAUCCUAUUGUACUAUGGACUUCAUCGCUUUAUAGUUGACCUGACAGUUCAAGAAAAGGAGAAAUACCUUAAUGGGCAGGUAUCCAGUUACCCUGAGUUACUGACGGUGAAUCCACAUGUGUCUGCAGCAACUUCAGUUCUUGCCUCCUUAGGAGAAAGAAUUCGACUGAGGGACAUAAAGUGGAAGAAGAGACCAAGGCGAGUUUUAGAGGAGGAGUGGUGGGCUGCCCGCAUGCACAGUGUGUUAUGCCCAGACCGUUUGUUCCCCAAAGAAGACCACCAGAGUCCAGAGUCAAAGCCAAGCGGCAAGGAUCUUUAAUGCAAGUUC